ACGGAGCCAUGGAGCCGGCGACCGCCGGUGGCUCUUUGCUGGGCGAGAUCGCGUUUUGGGCCGAGAGGACCCCGGUUCACGAAGCCGCCCGAAGCGGGGAGAUCCAUCAGCUCCAAGAACUGAUCGGGAACGGCGCCUGCGUCAACCUGGUCACCUACGACUCGAUCACCCCCCUGCACGAAGCCAGCCUGCGUGGCCAGACGCGGUGUGUGGAGAUCCUCCUGGCCGCGGGAGCCCAGGUGGAUGCCCGGAACAUCGAUGGGAGCACCCCGCUCUGCGAUGCCUGCGCCUCGGGAAGCAUUGACUGUGUGAAAGUCCUCCUGUCCCACGGGGCCAAGGUCAACCCGCCCUUGUAUAUAGCGUCGCCUCUCCACGAAGCCUGCUUAAACGGCAGCGCGGAGUGCGUCCGUCUUCUGAUUGAGGUCGGCGCGAACUUAGAGGCCCACGACUGCCAUUUUGGAACGCCUCUGCACGUGGCGUGUGCACGAGAACACCUGGAUUGCGUGAAGUUAUUGCUGAACGCAGGAGCCAACGUGAACGCAGCCAAACUUCACGAGACGGCCCUUCACCACGCCGCCAAAGUUCGAAAUGCUGACUUGGCGGAGAUGCUGAUCGAAUUCGGAGGAAACGUUUACGCCCGGGACAACCAAGGGAAAAAACCCUCUGAUUACAGUCAAAGCAACAGCUCAACGGCCAAGUGUUUUGCAUAUUACGAAAGAACCCCCCUGCGGCUCUCUCAGCUUUGUCGUCUCAGCCUCCGUCACGCUCUCGGCCAAAAAGCCCUGGAAAAGAUCCCCCACCUCCACAUCCCUACGAAAUUAGUUGAAUUCCUCUCCUACAGCCAGUGAGCUGUCCGUGGCCCCCGUCUAAGGACCCCCCCAAUCAUCACCCUGCAAAAUACGGCUUGUGCUCUUCCGAAGCCACCUUCGUUCGGAACAACGUGCGACUUUUCUCAAACGACUGUAAAUAGAAAUGUUAAAACCGUGGCUGGAAGCG